AUGGUCCAACUCCAAGUCACUCUUUUAUUAACUGUUCUAACUACAUUCACUCGUUUGGUUGCUGCUAAGGCUGGUGAAAUCGGUAAACCUUCCAACAAGCAAGAUGAUGAUAAAUUGAGACCUCAAUUUCAUUUAACUCCUGGUAAAGGUUGGAUGAAUGAUCCAAAUGGUUUAUGGUAUGAUAGAAAAGAUAAGAUCUGGCAUGCUUAUUAUCAACACAACAAAGAUCACAAUGUUUGGAACUCUCCAAUUUCAUGGGGUCACUCCACUUCAAAAGAUUUAGUUUCUUGGGAUUACUACGGUAAUGCUUUAUCACCAAAAGAUCCUGGUGAAGGUUACUUUUCUGGUUCUAUUGUUGUUGAUAGAGAGAACACUUCAGGUUUUUUCAAUGAAUCCACUCCAAAAGAACAAAGAGCUGUUGCUAUGUACACUCAUAAUACCAACAAAGAAGUUCAAAGUCUUGCUUACACUUUGGAUGGUGGUUACUCUUGGACUGAAUAUGAUAGAAACCCAGUUAUUGACAUGAAUACCGCUCAACAACGUGAUCCAAAGAUCUUCUGGCAUCAAGAUACUAAGAAAUGGGUUAUGUUGAUUGCAAGAACUCAAAAGUACAAAGUUCAAUUCUUCACCUCCAAAAACUUGAAAGAUUGGGAACAUGUCUCUGAUUUUGAAAUGGAAGUUGAAAAUCCAUCAAAAGGUGAUGGUUCUUCUCAUAAAUGGGUUUUGACUUUAGCUUUACAUCCAGGUUCUCCAUUAGGUGGUCCAUUAAAUCAAUAUUUUAUUGGUGAAUUUGACGGUAAACGAUUUACUCCAGAUGAUCAUGCCACUAGAUUGAUGGAUUAUGGUAAAGAUUUCUAUUCAUUCACUACUUUUGAUUCUGCUGAUGAAGAAGAUGGUCCAAAUCUUGGUUUAGCUUGGGCUACUAACUGGCAAUACGCUACUGUUGUUCCAACUGAAAACUUCAGAUCUUUUGAGUUGAUACUUGAACGUGAGUCUAAUUUCACAUUUUGGACGUUAUAUUCUUGA